CUUUCUCCUCCUACUCAUCCUCCUCGUCGUUUACGGGCAUUAGCCAGGACACUUCUAAUAGCUCAUCACCACUCGUGCACAGGUACAUCACCCGUGCACGUCUCUGGUGAUGAUCCUCCGCCUGGCUACAUCAUCCAGGCGGCAUGACGUUCGAAUAGCCCAGCAAUGUCUGGCGCUAUGGCGGCCUCCUGGCAAUGCUACAGGCCUGUGCCCAUUACUCCGACACGCAGCCACGAGCUCGCGUGUCGGCGCACGCUCGCGCUCCAAGUCCAAGGUCAUGCUUUCCGACCUCCCGGCGAGCAAGCUGGACAAGGAGGGCAACAGUGUCGGCCCGCUGGAGGCGUUCAUCGAGGCACGACCCGGAAGGAAGAGUUCAGCGAAGACCAAGGAACCGCCCAAUGCUGCCGAACUUGCGCCGUCUGGCCAUGCGCUUUACGAGUACGACGAGACCGACUUCCUCGCCGCGGUGGAGGCCGGUACGGUGCCCGAUACGCGCCUGGCGCGUGUUGUCUGGGCCAACUGGAAGUGUUUCCCAGAUUGUAUCCUCUUAACCCAAGUCGGCCAGUUCUACGAGUCGUACUUCGAACCCGCCGUCCAACUCUCCAGAAUCCUGGGCAUCAAACUCACGUCCAAGACGUACAAGGACCGCCGUUUAUUCCCCUUCGCUGGCUUCCCGACACACCAACGCGACAAGUACCUCAAGCUCCUGGUCCAGGACAUGGGGUACACUGUUGUCCUCGUCGAGGAGGACAAGGACCCGUUCGCGGUGCCAGGCAAGGCGGACAAGGAUAUCCCGAGGAAGGUCGCGCGUAUCGUCACACCUGGGACGCUGGUGGACGAGAGCUGGCUUGGGGGUAAUGAGAGCCGGUAUCUCCUCGCCAUCACCUUGGACCAGUCGGCGACGGCUGAGCCGAAUGCUGUGGAGGGUGAUGCCGACGCCGACGCCGAUCCCAACAGCCUCGUUCCGCUCCACCUCGCAUACGCCGAUGUCUCAACAGGAGACUUCUUUAUCAAGGAGACAACUGCAGCACAGAUCGAGGAUGAGAUGACGCGAAUCGCCCCGCGCGAAGUCGUGCUCGACUCCAGACUACGCGACUCAUGGGUCUCCGGCGAGAAGAGCGGUUCGUCGGCAGCCGACAACUUGCUGGGCUUGCUACGGGUGCUCGGUGUGCAUGUUUCAUUCGCAAGCCCCACGCGUGGAGAGCAGGUACCAGUGCCGUCGGGCAUCAACCUCGAGCGGGAGGUCAUCGCUAUCCUUCGGCACCACCUGCAGUACGCGCUGCGCGACUCGAUGCCGGCGAUGCCAGAGAAUGCCGACGAGUUCAACCGCGAGUCGUCCUUAGCGCAAAUGCAGAUUGACGCCGCGACGCUACACGCUCUGGAGAUUAGGCAUGCGCUGAGGCCAGGUGGCCUGGUCACUACAGGCCCCACUUCACCGCUGGGUCUCUCGUCGUCGCCACUCAGUGUCCGUGGCACGCUCCUCUCGGUCAUCUCAAGGACGGUGACAGACUCUGGGCACCGCCUCCUCAAGCGCACGCUCAGUGCUCCGUCGACUUCCCUCGUGCUCAUCAACUCGCGUCUCUCGCUCGUCGCCGCGUUCGUGGAUCGCGAACCCCUGCGGACCGACCUCCGCGACGCACUCCGCAGCAUGGGCGACAUCAUGCGCAUCAUUCAGCGAUUCCGCGCGAACCGCGGAGACGCGAGUGACGUGUGGGAUGUAGCGCUGUGGAUCCGCAGCAUACAGCGGCUCGUUGGGCGGAUUCAACUCGCGGUGGACCUGGAACCGAAGAGCAGGAAGAAACGCAAGGAUGGCGAGCAGGUCGAGGGGCGGGAUCGGCUCAUCGACCUCAUCGACGACUUUGCGCCUCUCAGUGACCUCGCCACGACGAUCGAGAAGGCUAUCGACGAGACCUGCGUCCCAUCGGCCCAGAUGUCAGAGGAGGGCAGCGAGGAAUCUGCCACUGAGACUGAAGAAGGGACUGCGGCUCCCCCAAAGACACCGAGGUCAAGGUUCAGUCGCGACGAGGAGAUUCGGAAGCGCGAAGAAGAGAUGCGCGCGUUAUGGUGGAUCCGUCCUGGCUUCUCGCCCGAACUGACUGACCUUCAUCGCCGACUCACGCGUUACACAGCCGCGCACCAGAAGAUGGAGCUCGACAUGAGUGAAACGUACAACGCGCCGACGCUCAUGCUUGUGCGCAACAUUGUCCAUGGCUUCGUGGUCAACGUGCGCAAGAAGACCGAGUACGGGCUCCUUGAGCGGUCGGGUCUGGUCCACACGGUCGGCGAGACGCGGUCUGGCGGCAAGAAGUACGCGUACACCGAGUGGUCGAAGCUCGGGGGCAAGAUCGACAAGGCGCGACAGGAGCUCGAGGUGGAGAAGGCGCGCGCAUUGUCGCAACUCCGUGCCCUGGUAGUUGAGCAAGCCAGCGCGAUCCAGCACAACGCCGAGCUUGUGGACGAGAUCGACCUUAGUACGGGGUUCGCCCAGGCUGCCGUGGAUCUGAACUACAAGCGCCCGGUGCUCCACGAGGGAACGGACAUUGCCAUCAUCGAUGGACGACACCCGUCCGUCGAGGCGGGCUUGCGCUCAUCAGCACGCAUGUUCACGCCCAACUCGACAACCAUGGACGCCAAGAGCCACAUGCACAUCAUCACGGGGCCGAACCAAGGCGGGAAGAGCACGUUGCUUCGCCAGACGGCCGUCAUUGCCAUUCUGGCACAGGCCGGGUCGUUCGUGCCCGCCGACCACGCAGAGAUCGGGAUCGUGGACCGCGUGUUCAGCCGUAUCGGCUCACGCGACGAUCUCUUCCGUGACCGCUCGACCUUUAUGCUCGAGAUGGUCGAGACGGCCGCUAUCCUGAAGCAGGCGACGCCGAGGUCCUUGAUCCUCAUGGACGAAAUCGGACGUGGCACCACACUUGACGCGGGCAUGAGCAUCGCAUACGCGACGCUAGACUACAUUCUCCAACACAUAGGUUGCCGCACGCUCUUCGCGACACACUAUCACGAGCUCGCGACCAUGCUCGGUGCGCCGGCGGCCAUCGGAACGCAUGUCGACACGUCUGACGCCGAGGCGGACGGGCGUGUUCGUGAUGGCGUGCGUUUCUUCUGUACCGACGUUGAUGAGAUGGACGGCUGGUUCAGCUACUCGUAUCGUCUGCGACCCGGGGUCAACUACGACUCGCACGCAAUCAAAGCGGCGCAGCUCGCCGGCAUGCCAGCCAGCUUCCUCGCCACAGCUCAAGCCACGCUUGACCAGCUCCAGCCCAAACACCCAGCACAAUGAUACCC